AUGCCUAAUUAUGAGGUGUGGGUGUAUCACGGUGAAGCUUUAGCUCCUCAGAAUGCACCAGAAGUCCCAAUACCAUUUGAAGUGCCAACAUCACCACAAGUUCUAAGUAAUGAUAAUGGAGAGUAUGAUAGAAUGGAUGAGAUGCUUCGUGAUUUAGGGGAAGAUAUGGAGCUCCCAUCCGAGACUGAGGAUCCACCCACGUCGGAGGCUAAAAAAUUUUUCGAGCUCCUUAAAGCUUCAGAAGAGCCGUUGCACGAGCACACAACAGUUACUGUCCUUGCUUUCGUGUCUCGACUCAUGGCUAUUAAGUCCAAAUUCACAUUAUCUCACAAUUGUUACAAUAUGAUCUUGAAUUUGAUUGGUGAUAUACUUCCGGCAAAUCACAAGAUGCCUAAAGAUGUCUACCAGUCAAGGAAAUUAUUGUCUGGGCUUGGUAUGGAUUACAAAAAGAUUGAUGUUUGUCCAAAUAACUGUAUGCUGUUUUGGAAAAAUGAUAUUGAUUUGAAGAAGUGUCGAAAGUGUCAAGAAUCGAGGUUCGUGGAGGUUGUAAAUGAAGAUGGUGAAAAGGUGACUACAGAGAUAGCACAAAAGCAACUUCGCUACAUGCCUCUUAUGCCUCGGUUGAAGCGGUUGUUUUUAUCAAAGAAUACUGCUAAGCACAUGAGAUGGCAUAAAGAGAGGGUGCGUGCAAACCCAGAGUUGAUGGUGCACCCGUCUGAUACUGAUGCAUGGAAAGCUUUAGAUGAUUUUGAUCCAACUUUUGCUAGUGAUGCGAGAAAUGUUCGGCUUGGUUUGGCGACAGAUGGUUUCUCACCUUUUAAUAUGACUGCAUCAUCAUAUUCUUGUUGGCCGGUAUUUGCUAUUCCGUACAACCUUCCACCACAUCUUUGCAUGAAAUAUGAUUAUAUGUUCCUGUGUCUUGUAAUUCCUGGUCCGGAACAUCCUGGAACACGACUUCAUGUGAUGAUGCAACCUUUAAUCGAUGAUCUAGAUAAGUUGUGGCAAGGUGUUGAGGCAUAUGACUGUUACAAGAAACAAAGAUUUACCCUUCGAGCUGCAUUUCUAUGGUCGAUCCAUGAUUUCCCGGCAUAUGGUAUAUUUGCUGGCUGGAGCUGUCAUGGACUUUUAACCUGUCCGAUCUGUGGUAAAGAUACAGACUGUUUCCGCCUUGAGUUCGGUGGUAAGAUAUGUUAUUUUGAUUGCCAUAGACGCUUUUUGCCAGAGAAUCAUCCAUUCAGAUUUCAGAGGAACGCUUUCAGGAAGGAUACUAUUGUCACGAAGGGGCCACCGAAGCGUAUGAGUGGAACAGAGAUUCUAGCUAUGUUGAAAGAUUUAAAGAUGAAUACAGAUGGAAAUGGAUAUGUUGGUUUUGGAACUGAGCACAACUGGACUCAUAUAUGUGGAUUAUGGGACCUUCCUUACGUCAAAUCGCUGAUUCUAAUGCACAAUAUCGAUUUGAUGCACCAGGAAUGUAAUGUUGGUGAAAGCAUUAUAAGUACAUGCAUGGAAUUCACUGAUAGAACAAAAGAUAAUGUAAAGGCCAGAAAGGACUUGGCACAGAUUUGUAAUCGACCGUCCCUAGAGUUGACUGAAAGUGGUGGUAAGCCACGGGCUGCUUUUUGUCUGAAAUCCAAACAGAAAAAAGAGGUAAUGAAGUGGUUGAAGAAUUUGAAGUUCCCCGAUGGUUAUGCGGCAGGUUUUAGGAGGGCUGUGAAUUUGAAGACCGGCAAAAUAAAUGGGUUGAAGAGUCAUGAUUACCAUAUAAUUAUGGAGAGACUUCUUCCUGUUAUGUUUCGCGGAUUUGUACAUGAUGAUGUGUGGAAAGUGUUGGCUGAGUUAAGCUACUUCUAUCGGCAACUUUGUGCUAAAGAAAUCAAGAAAGAGAUGAUGGAGAAGUUGCAGAAAGAGAUACCAAUACUUUUAUGCAAGUUGGAAAAAGUUUUUCCUCCAGGCUUUUUCAAUCCAAUGCAACAUCUACUUGUCCACCUUCCAUAUGAAGCUAAGAUAGCUGGUCCGGUCCAGUAUAGGUGGAUGUAUCAUAUUGAAAGAGCGUUAAAAAAGCUUAGUGCAAUGGUUGGCAAUAAAGGAAGAGUUGAAGGAUGCAUUGCGGAAGAAUUUAAGUACAAAGAGAUAUCAUCCUUCACAAGUGUAUACUUUGCACAGGAACACAAUGUGAAUGCACCUAAGUUGCGUUACCAUGUAGAUGAAGAAGUUCGAUGCAGUGAUCUUUCAAUUUUCGAGUGCAAGGGAAAGACCGUUGGAGCCUCUACAGGAUGUGACCCUGAUCGUGAACAAAAUUUAUCUGCUUUGCUCUACAUGUAUGCUAAUAUUGAUGAGAUGGCUCCAUAUUUCGAGUAA